AUGAAAACAAUUAAAUAUAAUAUCAAUCUAUACUUUCUGUUUAUUGAUUCGUGUUCUUUUUAUUGUUCUUUCCCCUCUAUCUAUCUUUGUUUUUUCACAUCUAUCUAUCUAUACUUGUUUUUUCACAUCUAUCAUCAUCUAUCUAUCUAUCUAUCUAUCUCUAUCUAUCUAUCUUGUACAUCUAUCUAUCUAUCUAUCUAUCUAUCUUUGUUUUCACAUCUUCUAUCUAUCACAUCUAUCUAUCUAUCUAUCUAUCUAUCUAUCUAUCUAUCUAUCUUUGUUUUUUCACAUCUAUCUAUCUAUCUAUCUAUCUAUCUAUCUAUCUAUCUAUCUAUCUAUCUUUGGUUUUCACAUCUAUCUAUCUAUCUAUCUUUGUUUUUUCACAUCUAUCUAUCUAUCUAUCUAUCUAUCUAUCUUUGUUUUUUCACAUCUAUCUAUCUAUCUAUCUUUGGUUUUCACUAUCUAUCUAUCUAUCUUUGUUUUUUCACAUCUAUCUAUCUAUCUAUCUAUCUAUCUUUGGUUUUCACAUCUAUCUAUCUAUCUAUCUUUGUUUUUUCACAUCUAUCUAUCUGUCUAUCUAUCUUUGGUUUUUCACAUCUAUCUAUCUAUCUAUCUAUCUAUCUAUCUAUCUUUGUUUUUUCACAUCUAUCUAUCUAUCUUUGUUUUUUCACAUCUAUCUAUCUAUCUAUCUAUCUAUCUAUCUACAUUUUUUCACAUUUUUCUCAAGACAUGCAUGAAUCCACCUCUUCCAAUCUAUCUAUCUAUCUAUCUAUCUAUGGUUUUUGGCAUUUAUCCAUCCAUCUGUCUUGGGUUUUUCAUAUUAUCUAUCUAUCUAGAGCUAUUAUUUCCGAUCUAGCUAGCUAUCUAUUAAUAGAACUUAUCAUGUCUGAUUUGGUCUAUUUCUGUUUUUCCCAUCCAAUACUUCAUUCCUUUCCUUCGUGUCUGUCUGUCUAUCUAUCUAUCUAUCUAUCUAAGUCUGCUCAUAAGCUUAAUCUAUGGAAUGGCUCAAAUAUUCUCCUUGAAACUGCGGAGGAGAUAACAGAAUUUACAGAAAUUAUAGAAAUACACGUGUUUCAACACCUAUCUAUCUAUCUAUCUAUCUAUCUAUCUAUCUAUCUAUCUAUCUAUCUAUAUCAUCUAUCUAUCUAUCUAUCUAUCUAUCUAUUAUCUAUCUAUCCAUCGCUAUCACCUUCCUUCCUUCCUUCCUUCCUUCUAUCUAUCUAUCUAUCUAUCUAUCUAUCUAAAUCUAUCUAUUUCAGUCUGCAGGUUCCUUCCUUCCUUCCUUCCUAUCUGCUAUCUAUUUCUAUCUAUAUCAGGGAAGUUUCCAGCAUCCUAUCUAUCUAUCUAUCUAUCUAUAUCAGUCUGAACCCUUCCUUCCUAUUCUAUCUAUCUAUUAUCUAUCUAUCUAUCUAUCUAUCUAUCUUUGUAUAUGUUUGUCCUUCCCAUGUUUCUAUCUAUCUAUCUAUCUAUCUAUCUAUUCUAUCAGUCUGUUCCCUUCCUUCCUUCCUUCCUAUCUAUCUAUCUAUCUAUCUAUCUAUCUAUCUAUCUAUCUAUCUAUCUAUCUCAGUCUGUUCCUUCCUUCCUUCCUUCCUUCCUUCCUAUCUAUCUAUCUAUCUAUCUAUCUAUCUAUCUCAGUCUGUUCCUUCCUUCCUUCCUUCCUUCCUUCCUUUUCUAUCUAUCUCUAUCUAUCUCAGUCUGUUCCUUCCUAUCUAUCUAUCUAUCUAUCUAUCUAUCUAUCUAUCUAUCUAUCUAUCUAUCUAUCUAUCUAUCUGGUCUUUUAAUAAAGGGAAUCUCAAUCCGGUCCUUCCUAUCUAUCUAUCUAUCUAUCUAUCUAUCUAUCUAUCUAUCUAUCUAUCUAUCUAUCUAUCUAUCUAUCUAUCUGUCUUCCUAUAA